ACUUAAACUCCCUCCUCAUGUCUGCUGUUUGGCUGCUCUGAGGGCGGAAGGAGGCGGAGCGGACCGACAGACUGAUCCGUCACUCCGUUCGCAGCUCCGCCACUCACCGACACCCGGACCGGCUCCCGGACCGACACUCACACCGACACCCGGACCGACACUCGGACCGACACUCGGACCAUGAAGCCCGGAGGAGGAGGAGGCUCCGCGGCGCUGCUGCUGCUGCUGCUUGGCUGCUGCUGCUGCUCCAGCCCCGGGAGGAGAGUGUGUCAGGGGAUGAGCAACCAGCUGAACCUGCUGGGGACCCGAGAGAACCACUACGACAGCAUGGUGAGGAUGUUCUCCAACUGCUCCGUGGUCCUGGAGAACCUGGAGGUGACCUACAGCCUGGAGCACCACGACCUGGGCUUCCUGCAGACCAUCCAGGAAGUUGGCGGCUACGUGCUGAUCGCUAUGAACGAAGCUGCAACCGUCCCAUUGGUCAAUCUGAGGCUGAUCCGUGGACAGAGCCUCUAUGAAGGCCGCUACUCUCUGCUGGUGAUGUCCAACUACAACAGGAACGUCUCGUCAGCGACCCUCAACUACACCAGUGGCCUGCGACAACUGCAGCUCAGCAGCCUGACGGAGAUCCUGAAAGGAGGCGUGAAGGUUACCCACAAUCCCCUGCUGUGUAACGUGGACAGCGUCCAGUGGAGGGACCUGGUGGAUGGGGACAGCAGCCCCAGCAUGCUGCUGAAGCUGGACGCCGUGGCCCAGGACUGUGAGAGGUGCGACUCCAGGUGUGUUAACGGAUCGUGCUGGGCGGCGGGACCAGACCACUGCCAGAGAUUCACCAAGCUGCAGUGUGCAGAGCAGUGCAGCAGGAGGUGUCGGGGUCCCAAACCCAUCGACUGCUGCAACGAACACUGCGCUGCCGGCUGCACCGGACCUCGAGCCACCGACUGCCUGGCCUGCAGGGACUUCAGCGAUGAUGGAACAUGUAAAGACACGUGUCCUCCUCUCAAACUCUACGAUCCCAAAACCCACCAGGUGGUCAACAACCCCAACGCCAAGUUCACCUUCGGGGCGACCUGUGUCAAGGCCUGCCCACAUAACUACGUGGUGACAGACGGCUCGUGUGUUCGGACCUGCGGCACCGGGAUGUACGAGGUGGAGGAGCAGGGAGUGCAGCGCUGCAGAACCUGCGACGGAGUCUGUCCUAAAGCCUGUAAUGGAGUCGGAGUCGGUUCUCUGAUCAACACCAUCGCAGUGAACGCCUCCAACGUGGAGUCCUUCAGGAACUGCACGAAAAUCAACGGGAACAUCAUCCUCAUCGAAACGUCCUUCACUGGGGACCCGCACUAUAAGAUCCCGCCCAUGGACCCGGAGAAGCUGGAGUACUUCAGGACGGUGAAGGAGAUCACAGGUUUCCUGCUGAUCCAGUCGUGGCCCAAGAAUCUGACGUCUCUGUCGGUGUUCGAGAACCUGGAGAUCAUCAGAGGAAGAACAACACAUGCGCAGCACAGCCUGGCGGUGGUGAGGGUCCCGCACCUCCUCUGGCUCGGUUUUCGCUCUCUGAAGGAGGUCAGCGCCGGGAAGGUGGUUCUGAAGGACAACCUGCAGCUGUGCUUCACCCGGAGGGACAAGUGGACCCACCUGUUCAGGUCCAGAGACCAGGACGUCAGCGUGCGGAACAACAGCCCGCCGGACCUCUGCGAGCAGCAGAACCGAACCUGUGACCAGCAGUGUACUGAGGUGGGCUGCUGGGGGCCCGGACCCUCCAUGUGUGUGUCCUGUCGCCACUUCGACCGCAGGGGGCGCUGUGUGCAGCUCUGCAACCUGCUGCAGGGUGAGCCCAGAGAGGUGGAGGUGAACAGCAGCUGUGUCCGGUGUCACUCUGAGUGUCUGCUGAGAUCCAGGACUCCGACCUGCUUCGGCCCGGGUCCUGACCAGUGUUCCCAGUGCGCCCACUUCAAAGAUGGUCCCCACUGCGUCCCUCGCUGCCCUCACGGCGUGCAGGGUGGCGGAGACACGCUCAUCUGGAAAUACGCUGACGGGACCGGCCAGUGCCAGCCCUGCCACCAGAACUGCAGCCAGGGGUGUUCGGGUCCUGGACUGUCCGGAUGCAGCAGGGCUGCGACACACUCCUCGCUGGCGGUGGCCGUGGUCGGGGGGCUCCUGGUUGCCGUCAUCAUGUCGCUGGUCGUCUUCGUGUUGCUACGGCGACGGCGGAUCUUGAGGAAGCGGACUCUGCGCCGCCUGCUGCAAGAGAGGGAGCUGGUGGAGCCGCUGACGCCGAGUGGUCAGGCCCCGAACCAGGCGCUGCUCAGGAUCCUGAAGGAGACCGAGUUCAAGAAGGUCCGGGUGCUCGGUUCCGGGGCCUUCGGGACCGUCUUCAAGGGUUUGUGGAUCCCUGAGGGGGAGAACGUGAAGAUCCCAGUGGCCAUCAAAGUUCUCCGAGAGGCCACGUCACCAAAAGCCAACAAAGAAAUCCUGGAUGAGGCCUACGUGAUGGCCAGCGUGGACCAUCCUCAUGUGUGUCGGUUGCUGGGGAUCUGCCUCACGUCCUCGGUGCAGCUGGUCACCCAGCUGAUGCCCUACGGCUGCCUGCUGGACUACGUCCGCCUCCACAGGGACCAUGUCGGGGCCCAGUGGCUGCUCAACUGGUGCGUCCAGAUCGCCAAGGGGAUGAACUACCUGGAGGAGCGACACCUGGUGCAUCGAGACCUGGCAGCAAGAAACGUCCUGUUGAAGAAUCCAAACCACGUCAAGAUCACUGACUUCGGCCUGGCCAAGCUGCUGACGGCCAAUGAGAAGGAAUACCACGCAGACGGAGGAAAGGUUCCCAUUAAGUGGAUGGCGUUGGAGUCGAUCCUCCAGUGGACCUACACCCAUCAGAGCGACGUCUGGAGCUACGGUGUGACCGUUUGGGAGCUCAUGACGUUCGGGUCGAAGCCGUACGACGGCAUCCCGGCCAGCGAGAUCGCCUUGGUUCUGGAGAGAGGAGAACGUCUGCCUCAGCCGCCCGUCUGCACCAUCGACGUCUACAUGAUCAUGGUCAAAUGUUGGAUGAUCGACCCGUCCAGUCGGCCGCGGUUCCGGGAGCUGAUGGUGGAGUUCUCCAGGAUGGCCAGCGACCCGUCCAGAUACCUGGUGGUUCAGGGGGAACCGCCCAGUCCGUCAGACAGCAGGUUUUACUCCCACCUGCUGAGCACCGGCGAUGCCGAGGACGUGGUCGACGCCGACGAAUACCUGCUGCCCUACAAAGGCCUGGGUAACCAUGACGACCGUCCCUGCGGCGCCACGAACGGUCGUCCGGCUGGAGAGGACGGCGUGGCUCUGCGCUACAUCACCGAUCCCACCCACAGCGCCCUCUACAGAGAAGACCUCAGAGGCCACGGUACGCAUCAACGACACUUAUCCAAUCACAGCCUGAAUAGUCACCGUGAAGGAGCUGGUUAAAGUGCUGAGGUCAGAGUCACAACCCACACAAUCCAGGUGUGAAGGUCACCUGGUGGCUUCCAGCUGUUGAGGAGUUUAGCGAACAUCUGCAGCGUCCAAUCAGAGAUGACUACACACAUGAACACACAACAGCAGGAGCUCUAAUCUGCUGUUUGUGUGUCUCUGGGAUCGUUGUGUCACUUUCUGUCUUUCUGUACUGGGUUUUUAUGCCGAUUUUGUGUCAUUCUGUGUCUAAUUGUGAUGUCAUUGUCUGUCUUUUUGUGGUCAUUGUACAUGAUUUGGAGUCAUUUUGUGUCUUUUUGUCGUCCUUUUGAACUGUUAAUGGUGGUUUUGUGAUCAUUGUGUGUAUGUUAGUGGUGCUGUUGUGCUUUUUAAUGAUGUCCUUGAUGUAAUUGUGUACCAUCUCUGUGGUCGUUUUGUGUUUAUUUUGUGUUUUCAUGGUCUUUUUAUGUUGUAUUGUGUCAUUUUGUGGUUGUUUUCUGUCAUUUGUGGUCAUUGUGUGUCUGUGAUUUUUAUACAUGAUUUAGUCAUUUUGUCGUCCUUUGGUGCUUUUUAAUGUGGUCAUGUUGUGUCUAUUUAUGGUUAGGAUGGUCUACACUAUGACGUUUUGGUGAUAUUUUGAACGACAAAGUCUAUUUUUUGGCCCACAGCUGGAAUAGAACCUGCAUCUCUGAUACAGUCGUGUUUAUGAGUCACCCUCUCUACCAGUUGAGCUACCUGGACACGUUUUUUCCACUGGUUGGACGACAUACUAAACUGUGACAUUUUAAUGACAUUUUGGACGACAUACUAAACUAUGACAUUUUUUUCCAUAUUUUGGACGACAUACUAAAACUGUCAAAAAAAAAAGGAAUUUUUCGAACAUGUUGUAAAAAUGUGCCAUAUGAUGAAAUAAUAUAAAGGAGGCUGUGAAAAACA